CAUGCCCAUUUUUUAAAACAAAGAAGCCAAGCCUAUCUUGCCCAAUUUCUUAUGGUUUUCAGUUUCCUAUGUAUGAGAGUUGGUGCUUGCAAUGAUCCUUUUCUCAUCAUUCCAAAAAGAUGAAUAGAACUGAAUUAUUCAGAUUUUAUUCUUCUUGUCCGUUACAGAUAUGAGAAAAGGAAGAAUAACUUUGCUCCCCUAAAAAUAUUUUAAAAUUCAUAGAUCUCUUUAUUAAUUUUCAAGUGUUUGGAUGCUUAAAGAAGAUAAUUUGCAGACGGCUUUUGGAAUCAAUUAGCAUGGAUCCCAGCAGUGACUACCAUUUCCUCAACCAGAUCUUGUGGAGAAGGGUGAAACUCACGUUGGUCUGUGGCGUCUUCGAGGGUGUGCUUCAGCAUGUUGACCCUAACAAGAUUGUUGUCCUGAAGAAAGUGAAGAAUGUGGAGACAGGUCGGAGCAUCCCAGGAGUGAAGAUGUUUUUUGGGCAUGAGAUUGUGAAUGUGGAACUACUAGAUGAAGUGGAACAAGGCUCAGUGAGAGAAAACACAUCGUCUGUUAGUCUAAAUGCAGAAAGAACUGGGAUGGAGAAAAUGAAAGUUGAAGUCCUAAAUGUAUGUGAGUCUCUUUCUCCGGCCCCUGAAGCACCAACUACCUCGCUGCUGAAUGACCUCAAGUACAGCCCAUCAGAGGAAGAGGAGGUGACAUACACAGUCAUUGAUCAGUUCCAGCAGAAGUUUGGUGCUGCAAUGCUCCACAUCAAGAAGCAGAGUGUCCUGAGCGUGGCAGCAGAAGGAGUGAAUGUGUGUCGCCAUGGGAAACUGUGCUGGCUGCAGGUGGCCACAAAUUGCCGAGUUUAUUUAUUUGACAUUUUCCUUCUGGGAAGUCGAGCUUUCAACAAUGGACUUCAGAUGAUAUUAGAAGACAAGAGAAUUUUGAAGGUUAUCCAUGAUUGUCGUUGGCUUUCUGAUUGCCUCUCUCAUCAGUAUGGAAUUUUGCUGAAUAAUGUCUUUGACACACAGGUAGCAGAUGUCCUUCAGUUUUCCAUGGAAACGGGUGGCUAUCUUCCAAACUGCAUCACUACUUUGCAGGAGAGUUUAAUCAAACACCUUAAAGUAGCCCCUAAAUAUCUCUCCUUUCUAGAAGAGAGACAAAAACUGAUUCAGGAAAAUCCAGAAGUAUGGUUCAUCCGACCUGUUUCACCCUCUUUACUGAAAAUUUUGGCCCUAGAAGCUACCUACCUAUUACCCCUUCGCUGGGCACUCCUAGAUGAGAUGAUGUCUGACCUAACCACUCUGGUGGAUGGAUACCUAAACACAUACCGUGGAGGGUCUGCAGACCGUCUUGGAGGCACCGAGCCUACAUGUAUGGAGCUGCCAGACGAACUGCUUCAACUCAAGGACUUCCAGAAGCAGCGCAGAGAGAAAGCUGCAAGAGAAUAUAGGGUGAAUGCACAGGGACUCCUUAUAAGGACAGUGCUACAGCCAAAGAAAUUAGUGACAGAGGCAGCAAGGAAACAGAAUGUCAAAGGUUUCUUAUUUGGCAAAAAUUCUAGGAUAGAUAAAACUCCAAGUUUUACAUCUCAAGACUUUCACGGGGAUAUGAAUUUACUGAAAGAAGAAUCUAUGAAUAAACAAGCUACAAAACCUCAACAUCUACCUCCCAUAGAAGAAGGGGAAACCAGUGAGGAUUCCAGUAACAAACUCAUUUGCCCUGAGUCAAAGGGGUCAGAGGACCAGAGAAUAACUCAGAAAGAACACUUUAUGACAACCAAACAUGAGUUGCAGGCAAAUUUAUCUUUGAAAGAAAAGAUAGAACAGUUAUUGAUGGUGGAAAACAAGGAAGAUUUAAAAUGCACAAAACAGGCUGUUUCAGUGUCUCCUUCUCUUCCUCAGGACACCAGAGUGUCUCCAAAUGAAACCUUUUAUCCUACAAGAAAUGCUGUGCUUUCUGCACUCCCUCCCUGUCCAGCCUUGGAGAAGACCCAUUCCUGGAUAAAUGCCUCUCUAAAUCUUCCUUAGAGAUGUGCAGUUUGUUCUUGAGGCCAUGCGGGUGGCUUAUUUCCUUUGCCAUCAGGGCCUUCCACAGUGCCUAAGUUUCUCAUGUUGUACAUUUAGUAAUGCUUCAGUUACAGGGGAAAAUUAUAUUCUCUUGCUUACUCUGGUGUUCAUGGUAUGUGGAGAACAAGAAUGAAUAAGUUAAAUAAUGGAAGAAGUAUAAUUUCUGAUUAUGUCAUUGUGUGGAAAUGUUCGCAGUGAUCAGAGUGUGUUAUUUCUCAUAAAAGGGUUUAGAGGAUACCCUCAUAGGAUAGGUUUAGAGGAUUUGAAGAAAGGAAAAGGGUUUAGAGGAUUUGAAGAAAGGAAAAAUAUUGGAAUCUUGGGCUUAGUUUCAGGAAGACACCAUCAUUUUAAAAUUUUGUUUUACUUCUUCGCUUUUGGAUUCCUUCAAAGGGAGCUGGUAAAACUAUUAAUGAUUCAUUUUAAAAAUUGGUACCUGAUAACUUUACCAGUACUUUUUUCUUUUUAUUUACUUAC